CGUUGGUGUUUGAAUGUCUCCUGAAAACAGCGGCAGAUGACAGCAGCUUGUUGCGCUCGCAAAAAAUACUAGUUACUUUCUUAGUGACCUAGCGUCUUCUCUCCGGUUGAAAACUGUUUUUUGGGCUUCAGUUUUGUCUGCUAUCAUCAACUGAACAUGUCGAAAAAACAAAUUUACUAUUCUGACAAGUACACCGAUGAGGAGUUCGAGUACAGACAUGUGGUGCUUCCAAAGCAGCUGUCUAAACUGGUGCCCACCUCCCACCUGAUGACAGAAGACGAGUGGAGGGGACUGGGGGUGCAGCAGAGCCAGGGCUGGAUUCACUACAUGAUCCACAAGCCAGAGCCACACAUACUGCUUUUCAGAAGGCCUCUCCCAAAGGAUUAAAAUGGGAACCAUCUCUAAAUGCCUGCUAUCAUCUUUGCUGAUUUGUAUUGUAUUUGAACCAUACGUCUCCUACAAACACAUCUACAUAUGUUCUAAUGUAACGUGUACAAACCCUUAGUUGUGUUGUGUUUUUUUGUCCUUUCCAACUUCCUCAAUUUUUAGAGGUAAUGAGAGGCAACCUGAUUCCACUGUGAGUGAUAACCUUAUAAAAAAUAUGAAGGUGGGGUUUGCCGCUCAAUUGUAUAUUUUAAUACAUUUUUUAAAAAUGUUUUCUGAUGUCAUUUUGUUACGAUACAAUGAUUUACUGAGUAUCCUACAGGCAUAGGGUUUCCUUUUCCUCAAGCCCACUUUUUAUCCUAAAAGCUUUGUUUUCCCUGUUCUUUAAACUUAUAUUUGUUAUGUACAUAAUAUUAUUUCUAGAUAUUCUAAAUGUUGAAAGUGAGUCAUGGUUGACUCGACACAUUCUUUGUUGCUGAAAGAACAAAAUUAAAUGUACUUCUUCACA